GCUCCUGGCCCUCCUGGCCCCACCUCGCCUGCUCCCCCCUGGCCAAGACCUGCCCUCCAAUCUGGGCUGGGGAAUCUGUGGAGCCAGACAGGUUUUGUGGAAUGGUUAACCUGGGGCCAUUCCAUCCUGAGCCAAUCGCCUGAGCUCAGCAGCAGCCGGAGACUUCACCGCUCGAGCACCUGUUGGAAAGCUCCCAGGGCGAAGAAGACAGACACCUCUGGCAGCAGCUGAGCCCUCCUGCCCAGCCAUGAGCCUCAUCCUUGGGACCCUGAUGCUCCUCUGCCUGCUGGGGGUUGCCAAGUCAGAACCCUCCCAGGAACCGGUGGUGCAGGAACUCUGGACUCUCCUGUCUGGCAGCCGAGAAGGCGUUCUGUCCCGUCGCUCGGUGGAUGCCCUGUUAAAUAUUGCAAGGUCCCGGGUGCAGUGCUCGGCCGUGCCGUGUGAAAAGUGCCUCUCGUCCGCAAACAUCUUUGAACUGGUAGGGAAGACCACCUCUGGAGAGGUCAACCUCACCUCCGCGGAGCUGCUGACCUUCUCGGCAGGGCUGGUCUUCUACUUCUCUGACCCCGUGGACGCCUGCGAGGCCAUCACCAAGAAACACUGGGUGUCUGAGGUCCAUGAUUUCCAAACCAAAUUCUUCAAUGGGAGCCCAGCAACCGGACCCAACCUGGAGAAAGUUGCCCGGCAGAUGGUUCUCAUCCAGAAGAAUGCCAAGUCCGUCAAAAAAGAGGAGCCCUGCACAGAAGUGGACCAGAUCCUUAAAAGCAGCACGUCUGUUACCCACCACGUGGCACCGAACCCAGCUGGGAAGGUCUUGGCCUUCCUCUCCUAUCACGUCUUACGAGGGGGCUGCUUCCGCGCGCUGCCUCACAAACACUACUUUUUGGACUACAUUUUCCAACACUACAGCAACGGGACUCAGAACCUCACUCUGGCAGGGUUAACCGAACUAAUGGUACAGUUGGAGGUCGGUCCUAGGAGAAAAGAUGGCGGCCAUGACCACGGCCAUGAUCACGAUGGGCAUGACCAUGGUGGACACACACAUCAUGGGCAUGACCACAGCGACCACGUACAUGAUGGACACACACACGAUGACCAUGACCAUGAUCAUAAAAAUGCCACACAUGGUGGCCAUGACCACGGUGGACACACACAUGAUGGCCAUGACCACAGUGAUCACAUACAUGAUGGACACACACAUGAUGACCAUGACCACGAUCAUAAAAAUGCCACACAUGGUGGCCAUGACCAUGGUGGACACACACAUGAUGGCCAUGACCACAGUGAUCACAUACAUGAUGGACACACACAUGAUGACCAUGAGCAUAAAAAUGCCACACACGGUGGCCAUGAAGAUCACAAAGAUCACUCAGACCAUCACCACGGCAACGAAACAGGCCAUCACCAUGGCAACGAAACAGGCCAUCACCAUGGCAACGAAAUAGGCCAUCACCACAUGGAGCCCCAUGGAAACAGAAGUGAAAGUUCUCCGGUGCGCUCAAAACGAAGUCCUGCAGACUUAGAAGAACAAGACGUCCCCCAGAACAUCUGGGACACGGUCUGUCUCAGCCCCACUGAUAUCUUCAAGAUUUAUGAGAUUGACGAUGCCCUCGGAAUCAGCCGCCCAGAUUUCACCCGCCUCAGCCCAGCUCUGGUGCAGCAGAAGCUCAGCAAGGCCUGCACGGCCCCUCGGAAGGUUCCAGAAGAAGGGCGCCUCACCACGGCUGAGAAGUACAUCUACGGCUCCCUGGCCACGUUGCUGGUGUGCGUGUGUGCCCUUUUCGGCAUCGUGGUUCUGCUCUGCACCGCUUGCAUCAGUGCCUACCAGUAUGUCAUCCAAACUUUUGUCAGCCUGGCCGUCGGCUCGCUCACCGGGGACGCCCUGCUGCACCUCAUCCCCAAGUUCUUGGGCCUCCAUUCUCACUCCCACAGCGAGGGCGAUGCCCACCUCCACCAUGGACCCGAGGCCAAUGACAAACUCUGGAAGCUGCUGGCUGUGCUCGGGGGGCUCUACCUCUUUUUCCUCUUGGAGAAAUUCUUCACCCUCCUGGGACAUUCGCACGAGGAGGAGUCCUCUGAAUCCAGCCAGGGCCACCAAUGUGACCACGGACUGUCCCUGCAGCUGUACCAGGAUGAGAUGAAGAGGAGAAAACAAGAGAAAGGAGCUUCAAAUGCUGACCUGGUGUCGGUGGAAGAAACGGAUUUUGGCCGGCAGGUGCCGAAGACGGAACUCAGCCGGGAACUCCGCAUGCUGCCCUACAUGAUCACCAUUGGGGACGCCAUCCACAACUUCGCUGAUGGCCUGGCCAUGGGAGCGGCCUUUUCCUCCUCCUGGAAGACCGGGCUGGCCACUUCCCUGGCGGUCCUCUGCCAUGAACUGCCCCACGAGCUAGGAGACUUCGCAGCUCUGCUCCACGCCGGCCUCAGCGUCAAGCGGGCUCUGCUGCUCAACUUCGUGAGCGCCCUCACGGCCUUCCUCGGCCUCUACAUCGCCCUGUCGGUCAGCACCGGGGAGGAGUUCGAGGCGUGGAUCUUCACGGUGGCCACGGGCCUCUUCCUCUACGUGGCCUUGUGCGAUAUGCUUCCGGCCCUGAUGAACGCGAAGGACAAACGACCCUGGUUACUUUUCGCCUUGCAAAACCUGGGCCUCCUGGCCGGCUGGGCCAUCCUUCUGGUGCUCUCCCUCUUCGAGGACAACAUCACCAUUUAGCUGCAACGGUCCUGCGGAGCAGCACCAGGCACCCCUCGCCCCCCCCUCCCGCCCCCCUCCCUCCGGCAGGCACGGCCAAAUCAGGGACACGAAAGGCGGUGUGGCAUUUGGGGGGCAAAUCCAGACCCUGGGGGCACCGGCCAGGCUUCACCUGAGACUCGGCUGUCCAUCUCACCUUUUCUACACAUUGCCAAAAAUUCCUCAGUCGGCUCUCAAUCUUGGCCUGGCAGAGUCCUGAUGUCCGAAAAGAAGGAAGCCACGGCCACCUGGAGACCGGUCCACGACAGCAGACAGAAAUGAAAGCUCGGCCCAGGGUUCAAAUUUCCUCCGCCUGAAUCAGUGGGUCCUUUUCUUGGGGCAUCCCUGGUUUCCUCCUUCAAUUUUUGUACCAGUACGCCUUGCAAGGAUGUUUAUCCUGCCUUCACCUUCUAUUUAUUGUAUUUAUUAAAUCCUUAUUCUUGUUCAUACAUACACCUAUCCUCCUCCUCCUCCUCCUCCCCCUCCCGCUCCCCCUGUCUGCAAACCCCACUCUCUUCUAGCACUGAUGAUGUUCCCUAGUUGGGUUAUGAAAUGUCUGCAAGAAAACUACCAAGCUCAGAGUGCAGCAAGGACCCCACAGUCCUCCCUCUCCCCCUCCCCCUCCUCCCCACAGCAUUUUUUCUGAAGCUGCAGAGUCAGUUUUUUUCAGAUAAAUACAGAUACAUAAACAUCCCUUCCAUGAUACUCAAGAGACACCGGGAUUUGGGCCAAACUGCACUCCUUCAAAUUCUGCUUUUCCUUCAGACCCACAUUCCGGUGCAGCUUUUCGCCAAGUGUCGGUGGACAACAGAAAAAAAGCCCCUUCUUUUCAAUUCAUCCAGAGGCAUAGAAUGUGGAAAAAAGCAUCAGCCAGAUAAUUCGAAUUCAUCGUAUUUGCAAUGGAACGUUUUGGUAUUGCAAAGAGAAUUACGCAGAGGAAGUGAAUAACUUUCCUAUUUUAAAAAAAACUGCUUAUACGUACUAGGUAUAAUAUACAAGUGUAAAAAGACUCAGGCAGCAGGAGUAAGGACAGAUUGCACUCUACAAGAGCUACCUCCACUUUAGUGCCUCCUAGGGAUGGUAGUGUGAAAUCUGGCAGUUGUGUUGCAGCCCGUGUCCAAGAUACCACCAGCUAGUUGGCAUCGAUGGAGCAAGCUAGAGUUGGCAUCGAUGGGCAGCUUUGGCCAUCUCAUGAUGUUUCCUCACAAACAUCUCCAGGGUCAGCUAUUAAAAGAGAGAGGUUGGACUACAAACCCAAUUCAGAGGUACACAGGUAGUUAGAUACAGAUUAACAGAUUUGGAAGGGACCUUGUAGGUCAUCUAGUCCAACCCCCCGGCCCAAGAGUUCGCGACUUGCAAUCCUUUGUUUAGUGACCGUCUGAAGUCAGAGCGGCCCUGAAAAGAAUGGCUUAUGACCGCUUUUCACACUUACAACUGUUUGCAUCGUCCCCAUGGACACGUGACCAAAAUUCAGGCAAUUGGCAACCGAUUCAUAUUUAUGACGGUCGCAGGAUCCCGGGCCUCACAAGAUCCUCCUUUUGCGACCUUCUGACCAGCAAAGUCCAUGGGGAAGCCAGAAUCACAUAACCCGUGUUCAUCGUAACUGUACUGAUUCCCUUAGCACCAGUGGCAAGGAAGGUCAUAAAAUGGAGCAAAACUCACCCAACGUUUUGCCGAACAACAUAAAUUGAGUUCAGCUCAAUUGUGGUCAUAAGUCAAGGAGUACCUGGAUACAGUGCAAUUUGGAGUGGGUGGGGGGAGUUGGGGGGGUUGUGGAUAUUCAGUGGUAGGAAAACACACACUACAAGUAUUGUAGCACUCUUUAACACUACUUCAGUGGUACUGAGGGAAAAAAAUGACUGUAAGGGCUGGAGUCCUGGACAGAUGGUGGGCUACGGACUUCCAUCUUGUGUAACUUUUACCGCAUCAUGUCUCAUCGUUGUUAAAUAAAACCUAUGGAUUCUAAGCAUUUCACACCAAAAA